AUGGACCGAUAUGUUUAUACCGCGGAUCCGGAAUUCAGGUGGGAGGACACGGGCAAUCGCAUGCGAUCAAAAGAGGGAGGGGGGUGGUGGACGGGGUAUGUGCUCAAGGUGUACACGCACCAGUGGCUCAACCGCACUGUUACCAACCGUUACAAGUGGUGGCACUGGCUCAUUCUCAUGGCGCCGGACAAGAUGCACAAUGCGCACAAGGGGCUGGUGCUGUUCUUCGUGGGGGCGGGGCUGAACCCCGUCAACCAGGUGCACAUCCCGGGCGCUGAUGAGAUCUUCAUUCGCCUCGCCGCUCCUGUCUGUAUGUGCCACCCGCUGUGUCGCAUGGUGGUGGAUUUGGGCAUUCUGGGCGUGAUGCUACAGCAGGUGCCCAUGAUGCCCAUCAGCUUCAAAGUGGGUCCCCCUGGCAUAGGCCCGCGGGCUGAACUCAUUGAAGAGGAAAUCACCGCCCACACCCUCGCCAUGUUUCUGGACCAUCCAGACGAGUGGGAGUGGCUCACCCCCCUGCCCAUGGCCAAGUCCAUCAUCCGCGCCCUCGAUGCCACGCAGCUCGCUGUUAGAGAGCUGCUGCCGCAUGUGCCCGUGGAGGGGUUUGUGGCGAUCGGAGUGAGCAAGCGAGCAGGCAUGUCCUACUUCGCUGCAGCUCUUGACAAGGUGCGGUGCAGUGUGGCAAGCAAUGCAUGCAUGCCGCUUCCCUUCUUCAUCCCCUCCCCUCUCCCCAACCCCCUUCCACACCUGCCCAACCAACCCCCCAUCUCCCCCCCCCGCACUCCUUCAUCUCCUUCAGCGGGGGGUGUUCUGGCUGGCAUUCAUAUGGCACGGCGCUAUGGGCUGAGGACACAUGGCUACAGAGCAGAGCAGAUUCCUCUUCCCUCACACCCCCUUGAUCCUCUUCACUUCCCCAUCGCCCCCGUCAGCGACGACUGGUGGUGCCCAAUCUGCAGCACAUGCGCACCCCUUCCCUCAGGCUACAUGUGCUUACUUCCCCCACCGCCCUCCCCCGUGCAGCGAGUGGUGGCGUUCAUAACGUACGGAUACGAUUUGCUCAACCUGGUGCCCAACCUGCAGCACAUGCACGACUCGCUGGGCGGCUGGCCCAUUCUGCUCAAGUUCAACUCCGAGUACAACAUCAGCCAGCGCCUCCACUCCAACCAGUACCGGAAAGCGGCGGAAGUGAUCGACCCAUACACGCUCAUCGACCGCAUGGACAUGCCCAAGCUGCUCAUCUCCGCCUCCAACGACGAGUUCUUCCUCAUCGACGACUCGUCAGUGCUGCCAUGCCCCUUCAUGCUCCUCCACGUGCCUUCAUGCCAUGCACCUUCGUGUGCCUUCAUGCCAUGCACCUUCGUCUACUAUUUCGUGAAGGACAUGCCACAACCCACGCAGCUCAAGAUCGGUUUCUUCAGUCGAAUAGAAAACCCCUUCUUCCGCCCGCCUCCUCUCUCCCCACUUGCGCAGCUACUAUUUCAUGAAGGACAUGCCACAGCCCACGCAGCUCAAGAUAGUGCCCAACCUCUACCACAUGUGCCCAGCCUCUACAACAUGGUCAUCCAAAACUCCUUCUGGGUGCGCCCCACGCGCCCUUGCUUCUCCACCCUCUCUUCUCCACCCCCUCUUCUCCGCCUUUUCUUUGCCUUAGCUGAAUACGCCCAGUAUUCUUGUCGUGCGCUCUCGCUAUUUGGGGAGCCCUUGCUCUUCCGCGAUGUCUGCCCUUUUUCUCCUCUCUCCUCGAAGCUGAUUCCUCCUGCACCUCUUUCACCCCCUCCUCCAUCCCCACCUCCUCUUUCCCUUGCUCUCCCUCCUCUCUCCCUCUCCCCCCCUCUCACCCAUCAGGCAUACGACGCAAGCAUCUCCUUCUUUUCCACUAUCCUCGAGGUCGAUUCCUCCUGCGCCUCUCUCCCCGCCUCCUCCCGCCCCUCUCUCACCUGGACUCGACCCAACACCUCUUCUUCCUCUUCCUCCUCCUCAUCUCCAUCCUCUUUAAGAGCCGCUUCAGUAGAGGGUACAGGCUUGUUCUCUCAAGGAGGUGGAGGAGAAGGAGGUUCGGAAAAUCCCGAGCGUAAGAUGCUGCCUUGGAGCUGCACGCCGAAGCUGCCGGCUGUGCUGUGGCCGAACCUGAGGUGGCGGUUUGAUUGGUCCACGUUCUCCAUCUAUGCCACGUCAGAGCGCAAGCCAUUGGCUGUCAGGGCGUGGAGUGCCCGCACAAUUCUGGGCAGCAAGCGAAGGGAUUUCCGAAUGUGUGGCCCCUUUCCAGAUGCCAUCUGUCACGUAUCCGGGCAAUUUCGGCAUGCUGUGUGCGCUUCCACACUCCUUGUACCCCUUCGCUUUCCCCAUCCCCACCCCUCCCCCCCUUUCCUUUUCCCCACUCCCUCUUUCCUCCCAACCUGGCCUCCAUCUCCAAGUGUGGCGCCCUUCCAGAUGCCCUCCUUCACAUACCCGGGCAAGUUCGGCAUGCUGUGUGCGCAGCCCAUACCGUAUGUGACUGUGAACAUGUCCAAGCCCCGGGCAGAGGAUGACGGGUUGUGGCACUUCCACGCUACCAUCACCGAUGUGCCCAAGGAGGGGUACAGGGCGAUGUUCAUAGAGGCGGAUUUCAAGCAGGGAACGUAUAAGAAGCCCUUCACCAUCACCACAGAGGCUAUGGUCGCCCCCAACACGCUGCCCUUCUCGCCCUGCACCAAGCCAGAGUGCUACUUCCACUUCGUGUAA